CUCCUAAUUUUAGUCACACUUUCCAUUCAUUAACCCAGAGAAUCCUUAUCAAUUUUGGAAACACAGUUACACAAAAAGAUCCCCCUCCUUUCUCUCUAUAUACUCCAAAACCUCCAUUGCCAUCCUCUUCAAAGGAGAGAAAACACACACACACAAAAAUGGGUAGAGGCAAAAUUGAGAUCAAGAGGAUAGACAACUUGAACAGCCGCCAAGUCACGUUUUCAAAGAGGCGAAAUGGGUUGCUGAAGAAGGCGAGGGAGUUGUCGAUUUUGUGCGAUGCAGAGGUCGCCGUCAUCAUCUUCUCCAGUACCGGGAAAGUUUAUCAAUGGUCCAACACCAGCAUGGAACAUACCCUUUUAAGAUACAACAAAGGCACAGAAUUAAGUUGUCAAGAACAUGGUCCUAAUGAGCAAGAGGCAGAGAAGUUGCAACAACCUGAUCUGAAUGACAUGAAAACUGAAUUUGCAAGGCUGCGCAGAGCAUACCUACAAUUGAAUGGCAAGGAGCUGGAUAAUCUGAGCUAUAAAGAACUUCAACAACUGGAGAAUCAGUUAAAUGAAGGGAUAAUAUCAGUUAAGGGGAAAAAGGAGCAAGUUCUACUUGAGCAGCUUAAAAGAUCAAGAUUACAGGAGCAGAAGGCCAUGCUAGAGAAGGAGACUCUCCAGAAACAGGUUGAGGAGCUCCAACAACGAAAAUCAAGCUCAUCUUUCCUCGAAUUCAAUCCUCUGGACAGAAGAUUUUCCCUCACAACUUCAAAGGUUGAACAAGAUUGUGCAUCAGAGAAUGACAACAACAACAACAACAACAACAAUGACCAUUCAGACACUUCCUUACACUUGGGGCUGUCAUCGGAUGCUAGCCGAAAGAGGAAAGCAGCAGCAAAGAUUGAAUCCAUCUGCAAUGAUUCAGAGAGUCAAGUGGCCUCAGGGUAAAUUUGUGCUAAUUUGCAGUUAUCUAUAUUAUUAUCCUAGGGAUAAUAUUAAACAACUUUUAUUAUUAGUUUUAAUAUUAGUCUUCAAGAAGUUAAAUGUUUAGUUAUAUAUCUCCAUUAGAAAAACAGAUGUAAAUAUUUGUUCUGAUCUUGAUGUUACUACCUCCAGCUGGAAAUUGUUAAGCCAAUCAGCAGAGUCUACAAACUGCUUUUCUUAAGUAGAUUUAGGUGGUGUCUUUUUUAUUUCAUUUGAUUAAUAUAUGUUUAUUUUCUCAAAAAUAUUGUUAUUUAUGUUGUAAACGAAGUUAUUUUUGUU